CUUGUGUCGAGCCAGUGGUACUCCCUGAUGCACGCUUCCUGUUGUGUGGGGCUCAGCCAAGCAACGAGAGGUGAGCGGUGAGGCCAUCUGAGGCCUGAGCCUGGUCCUCAGGACUCUGAACUCUCUCCCUACCACCAGGAGGCCUGCCCCAGCCCUGCUAAGCCAUCUCCACACGUCUCUGACAGAAUGAGUGCCCUCGAUGGCGUCCCCUUCAAGGUCCCCAAUGGCUUUGUGAUAGGCACAGAACCUCUCCCUGGGCCAGAGCUCAGUGUUCCAGCCUGCAGGGAGCUUCUGCUGGGUUCUAUGCACAACUUCAGCCUGGAAAGAAAGGCACUCUUCUGGGUGGAGGCCGCCGUCCCGGGACCCUGCCCGUCCCAGUGCGGGGACCCGGGGACAGCGUCAGCGCCUCCUGCCUGGUUGUUGCUGCUGAGCCCUGAACACCAGCUGGCACCGGCGCCUACCCCCAGCAAAAGCCCAGAGGCCGGACUUCAGGAGCGGCCGGGGGAGGAGGAGGAGGAAGAGGAGAAAGGAGGGGAGGAGGAGGAAGACGUCUCCUCUGGCAGCGAGGAGGAGCCGGGCCCGCGCCGGGGCUCGCUGGGCGCACUGCGCGGCGUGGGCUCGGAACCCGCGGGCGCUGGGCGGCGGCUCUCGGAGGGCCGGCUGGCCGCCGGGCCCCGCACGCUGCUGCCUCGCCCCCGCGGCCUCCGAGCGCUGAGCCUCUGCUGCUCCGGCCCGGAGCCCGCGCCCGCAGCCCCGCUCGCCGGCGCCCCCGCGCUGCCCCAGCGACCCUCCACGGCGGGCGCCGUGCCCCCGCUGCGCAGCCACAAGCCCACGGUCGCGUCUCUCAGCCCGUACACCUGCCUGCCACCUCCUGGGGAGGCACCGCAGCCUCUCCACCACCACAGAUCCCAACCUGAUGCUGCUGCGGCUGAUCUGCUGUCCGCCCUGAGCCAGGAGGAGCAAGACAUCAUCGGGCCGGUGGUGGCUCUGGGCUACCCCCUGGGAAGGGCCAUUGUGGCCCUGCAGAAGACGGGGAGGCAGAGCCUGAGCCAGUUUCUCGGCUACCUCAGCGCCUGUGACCGGCUGCUGCGCCAGGGCUACGAGGAGGGCCUGGUGGACGAAGCCAUGGAGAUGUUCCAGUUCUCAGAAAGCCAGGCCGGGGAGUUCCUGCGCCUCUGGGAGCAGUUCAGCGACAUGGGCUUCCAGCAGGAGCGCAUCAAGGAGGUGUUGCUGGUCCACGGCAACCGCCGGGAGCAAGCGCUGGAGGAGCUGGUGGCCUGCGCCCAGUGACCGCGCCUGGACACCCCGGCCAGGGCCACUCCUGCAGCCCGUCCUGACUUCGUUAUUAAAACCCAACUGUGGGCCCAGCGCUGUGGCGCAGAGUGUUAAAGUCCUGGCCUGAAGCGCCGGCAUCCCAUAUAGGCGCUGGUUCUAGUCCUGGCUGCUCCUCCUCCGAUCCAGCUCCCUGCUAUGGCCUGGAAAAGCAGUAGAAGAUGGCCCAAGUCCUUGGGCCCCUGCACCCACCUGGGAGACCCGAAGGAGGCUCCUGGUUCCUGCCUCCAGAUCGGCAUAGCUCUGGCCAUUGCAGCCAUCUGGGGAGUGAACCAGCGGAUGGAAGACCUCUCUCUGUCUCUACCUCUUCCUCUGUAACUCUGUCUUUCAAAUAAAUGAAAUAAAUAUUUAAAAAAAAAAAAACUGUAGCACAAAGCCACAGUGUUCACUGCGGAAGCACGAAGGAUGCCCAGGGUGGGAGUAAAUACCCUAAGGCGGCUGGAGUUGGAAGCGGCUGCCUCUGGGGAGAGACACAGGGGAGAUCAUGGCCGGAGCUGCCUUCCCUGCAGGCCUUGUAAACAUCACCUGCAGCUGACCCUUUAAGCUGUGUGCACUAGUAGCUUUGCUCUUAAGGAAAUGAAGACGAAUGGCAGGCAGCUCUUUUUGAGCCCUGUCAGCUCCUCCUGGGCCCCGUGCAGGUGGGAAGACCUGUUUCCUGAUUGGGCUUCUGUUGGUGUCCAGCUCAAGGCCUCUUCGGGCCUCCGUUUCCCAGGAAAGCUAGAGAGAUUUGACGAGGUCACAAGUUACAUCAGGGUACCCUGGGGGUUAAACUGCCACUUGGGAUGCCCAACAGCCUGGGUUCCAACGCUGCCUCUGCUUCCAAUCCAGCUUCCUUGGGUCCCUGCCACCUAUAUGGGAAACCCAGAUGGAAUUCCUGGCUCUGACCCAGCCUGGCUGCUGCAGGCAUUUGGGAAGUGAAUCAGUGGGUGGAAGUUUCU